GCUCCCUGUCCUGUAUAUAUAUAUAUAAGAAGCCCCUUCACUUGCCCAUCAACGAAUUCACAGCAUCACAGUGUAUCUCUCUUUACAUAACCUUCUUCAAUUUCAACCUUCAAGAAUCACGAUUCAAGUAUUUGCAAAGAUGAGUUCUAGCAGAGCGUGGAUUGCUGCAGCUAGUAUUGGAGCUGUGGAGGCACUGAAAGACCAAGGUAUCUGCAGAUGGAACUACACAGCAAGGUCAGUUGUGCAGCAUGCCAAGAACCAUGUGAGGUCAGCUUCACAGGUCAAGAACCUCUCUUCUCAAUCCUCAGCUGCAAUUUCUAAGGGACUGUUGCAGUCUAAACAAUCAGAAGAGUCUUUGAGGACUGUCAUGUACUUGAGCUGUUGGGGUCCCAACUGAGUCUUAACUCGGUCCAAUAGAUUACAAGUUAGACGAAACCAACAUCCUUUGGGUGAAUCAUCGACUCAUCUUGAGUGCAAGCUUUGGCCAUCCAAAACAAGGUUCUGAGCGAACAAGAUGGAACAUGCCUGAGCUUUCCAUGGGUGGGUUCUGGUCUUUGUGAUGUAUAUAGGAAAUUUCAAAAAAUAUGUGUGAGAGGAAUAUUAAUCUAUCAUCAUAUUAACUAACGAAAUGAAUUUCGAGAAUUGCUUA